AUGAGCAUGGACGACCCAGUGGAAAUGAUGCGCGUAUUGCAGCAGAAAAUGGACGAGAUGCAGCAGCGCCACGAAGAAGAGAUGGCGGCCGUCAAGGCCGACUGCGAAGCCCGGAUAGCCCGGGAGGUUGGACGGAUAGACGGGGGAGAGCGAGUCAAGGAUAAAGGAAAGGGGGUGGAAGGAGAUCGCCCGCCCGCAGAAACCGAGUGCGAUAAGACUUGGAGGCCCUCCGGAUCGGAGGCUGAAGGAAGCAAGGCUAAAUCGGUGCAUGCUGAGAGCGCUGCCGAAGACGGGCGGAUGGUAGUCAAGUCGGAACCUUCAUCCGCCUUAUUGCUCCCAUUCACCCAGAAUAUAAUGAAUGUCCAAAUCUCGGAGCAAUUCAUGGCCCCGCAGUUCAAGACGUAUAACGGGACGACGGAUCCUGCGUCCCAUAUCCAGACGUUCUCGAACGCAAUGGCGUUCCGAACGGACAAUGAUGCCAUUUGGUGCCGAGCGUUCUCGCUCUCAUUGGAGGACGAAGCUUUGGAAUGGUUUAACAACCUCUCCCCCAAUUCAAUAGAAAACUUUACCGGUUUAAAGCAGCUAUUCAUUAAACAAUUCGCGGCCAGUAGUACCCAAGACCUGACCGUAUUCGAAUUAAUGACCCUCAAGCAGGGGAAGGACGAAGCGCUUCGAACGUUUAUGGACAGGUAUCAGAAGACCGUCCGGCGCGUGAAAAGCCUGACGCCAGAGCUCGCCCUUCUUUAUAUCCUACCGGCUCUAAAGCCGGGGCCGUUUAAGGAUAGCGUCUGCAGACGAGCGCCCAAAACAAUGGAAGAAUUGAGGGAACGAGCGGCGGAUGAGAUAAGGGUGGAGGAGAUGAAGCUCUCGUAUAAGGAGAAUCAGGAGUCCAGAGGAGAAAGGACGGACGGUAAUAAGCCCGGUCAGUCAGCGAGGAAAACGUCCGGUCUCAGGCCCAGGGAACAGAAUAAGGGAUCCCGUUUCCAGCAGUAUACACCUCUGAACGCCCCAAGGGAGAAAAUCCUUCGAGAGGCCCUAAGCGCAGAAUUGAUACCGGAGCGGCAAGCGCUCCCGACAACGAAGAACGCUAACCGGAGCAAGCACUGUGCAUACCAUAAAAAUAUGGGUCAUACCACCGAGGAGUGUUGGACCCUUAGGGAUAAGAUAGAGGAGCUCAUCCGGGCAGGAAAGCUUAAGAAAUACGUCCGUGAUGAGCGCCCGCCACAAUCAACCGAACGGCCUGCUGAGAGGUCGGCGUACCGAAAAGAUAAGCCGAGAAGCGCGAGAGCGGAACGACCCCGCUCAGAAAGGCAACGAAGCUGA